AUGACAAUAAUUCCUUCUUCAAACUUCUUAUUUUACUCUCUAGCUCUACUAAUCAUCACACUCUCUUCGAUACCAAAUUCUACUUCUGCUUCUUUGGAGGAAGCAAAUGUUCUUCUUAAAUGGAAAGCAAGCCUUCAAAUCACAAACAACUCCUUGCUCUCUUCAUGGCUUCCCCUCCUUAAAAAUUCUUGUGCAUCGGUUCCAUGCACUUCUUGGUUUGGAGUAGUUUGCAAUGCUGAUGAGAGCAUUCACAGGUUGAACCUCACUGGAUCUGGAUUAAAGGGUACGCUUCACAAAUUUGCAUUCUCUUUGCUACGAAAUCUUACACAUUUUGAUCUUAGUGUCAACAACUUCUUUGGCCCUAUCCCACCACAACUCCGAGUCCUCUACAAACUUGUCCAUCUUGAUUUGUCAUCAAAUAAGUUUUCUGGCUUGAUUCCUUCAUCAUUGGGUGAAUUGACAUCUUUGAAUGUCCUUUCUUUGCGCCAUAAUCAACUUUCAGGUCCCAUUCCUAUAGAAAUUGGAAAUUUGAAAUCUCUUACUUAUUUUGCUGUGAGCUACAAUCAGCUUAGUGGUUGUAUACCUUUAUCACUAGCAAACCUUAGCAAGUUACAGGAACUAUACCUACGUGUGAAUAAAUUAUCUGGUCCCAUUCCUACUGAACUUGGGAAUUUGAAAUCUCUCACUUACCUUUCGUUAAAAUACAAUCAGCUAAGUGGAUCUAUUCCUUCAUCGUUGGGUGAUUUGUCAUCUUUAAAUGUCCUUUUUUUGGGCCAAAAUCAACUCUCUGGUCCUAUUCCUAUUGAACUUGGGAAUUUGAAGUCUCUCACUCAUCUUGCAGUGAACGACAAUCAACUUAGUGGUUCUAUUCCUUUAUCACUAACAAACCUCAGCAACCUACAGUGUCUGAAACUUCGUGCAAAUAAAUUAUCAGGUUUGAUUCCACAAGGAUUGGGAAGUCUAGGCUUGUUUGAGCUACAACUGGCAAAAAAAUCAUUUUUCUGCAAUCUGCCUAGUGAUUUGUGUCAUGGGGGAAAGCUUCAAAGGUUAACAGUGAAUGGUAAUCAAUUCACUGGGCUUAUUUCAAGAAGCUUACAUAAUUGUCUUAGCAUCAUAAGAGCUCGUUUUGAUCAAAAUCAAUUCAUUGGAGAUAUAUCCAAUAGCUUUGGCAUCUAUCCAUGCUUAAAAUACCUUCAUAUCAACCACAAUAAUUUUCACGGGCAGCUUUCUCAAAACUGGAGUAAAUGCAAGAAUUUGACAGCUUUAGUGAUGGCCUAUAACAACAUCAGCGGUAGCAUACCACCAGAGUUUGGAAAUUUAACUCGGCUACAAAGGCUUGAUCUUUCAUCUAAUCAUUUGGUAGGUGAAAUCCCGAAGGAGUUUGGGAAGAUAAAAAGUAUGUUGAAUUUGUCGUUGGGUAAUAACCAACUUUCAGGUAUUAUACCUCCAGAGCUCGGAUCUUGUGAACUCCUUGAAGUAGUCGAUUUAUCCACAAAUAGAUUGAAUGGGUCAAUACCAAGAAGUAUUAGUCAAUGGAAACAUAUCCACUACUUGAAUCUUAGUAAUAACAAGCUAAGUGAUAAAAUUCCGACUGAGAUUGGAAAACUAAUUCAUCUUACAGAAAUCAAUUUAUCUCAGAAUUUGCUCACGAAAGAGAUGCCAUCUGAAGUUCAAAGUUUGAAAAUUUUGCAAAAACUAGAUCUUUCUCACAAUAGACUAACUGGUUCAAUUUCUAAUGCUUUUACAAGUUUUCCUCAUGGGAUUGAUAUCAACCUCUCUUACAAUGGGCUAACUGGUGUAGUUCCCCCAAGCCCCAACUUUGUAAAUGCAUCCCUACAAGGCAAUCCAGCAUACUGUAUUGGGACCGGAGGAUACGGUAUUGUUUACAAAGCCGAGCUACAGCCUAACAAUGUGGUAGCUAUCAAGAAACUUUAUUCAUCAUAUGAGAAUAUUGAUCAUAUUGGUUUCCUUAAUGAGGGAAGCCUUGGAUCAAUCUUAAGAAGCGACAUCUUAGCAAAAGAUCUGGAUUGGUUGAAAAGAGUCAAUAUUGUAAAGGGUGUAGCUAAUGGUUUGGCUUAUAUGCAUCAUGACUGCUCGCCUCCUAUGCUUCACAGAGACAUUUCCAUAGAAAACAUCCUUCUCGAUUCUGAUUAUGAGGCACAUAUUUCUGAUUUUGGCACAUCCAAGCUUUUAAAGCUAGACUCAUCCAACUGGACCGCAAUUGCAGGCACAUACGAUUAUAUUGCACCAGAGCUUGCUUAUACAAUGGUGGCAAACAAGAAAUGUGAUGUGUAUAGCUUUGGCAUUGUUGCACUAGAAGUGAUCAUGGGAAGGCAUCCCGGUGAACUACCAACAUUGUCUGUUGAUUAUUUGGUGUUAGCAAAUGUGGGAGAUAGUCCGAUUCCAUUUCCCUCACCACAAGUGGAGAAACAAAUUAAGUCAGUAUUGAGUUUUGCUAGAGCAUGUUUGAACUCCAAUCCACAUGGAAGGCCAACAAUGUACCAAAUUUCAAAUUUGUUGACGAAGGCAUAA